AUGUCAAAGUAAUGGUAAAUACAUUAGAGUGUGCAAGAGAGCUUAUGUUCUUCUUUAAAUAAAGAUGAAAUUCUUGAAGAGUUUUUAAACAUUUGCAAUGAUAUCUCUUAAGAAGAUCAAAAUAGUAUUAAGAGUUUGAAUUCAAAAAUAUAAACAAUAAAAAAACAUUAUGCUUAAUAGAAAUGUAGAAUUGAACAUCAAUUUAAAUACAUUUAAACAUUAUUAGAAUAAAAAAAGAAAGAGUUAAUGACUUUAUUAAAUACACAUGAAUAGGAAUUAGAUAAAACAUUCAAAAAUUUACUUGAUUAAGUAACUCAAAUAUAAUCUGUUACUUUUAAUAUAUAAAAUGAUAUUUUAAGUAAUAGAUAAGAAAUUCUAUCAGAAGUUGAUGAUGAUACAUUUCAUAAUAUUCUCUCUCAAUUUGAUUAAGAAAUUCAGAUGACUUAAAAAUACAAAAAAGAAAUUUUGUCAUCUAAAAUUACACUAAUUAUUAUUGAAGAGUGGACAUCACAUCAUUAAGAUGUAAUCAAAAGUUUACUCAAUUAAUGCAUAACUAUUAAAGAUUAUCAAAAACAAAUUGAAACUUAAUAAUCAGAAUUAAGUGCUUCAACCAGUAGUGAAAAAUUCUAAACUUCCAAUAGAUCCAGUCAAGAAUUUUCUAUGAAAUAAUAAACACCAUUGAUAGUAAGUUUUGAUUAAAAAUAUUUUCUAACUUAAAAAUAAACUGAGAUAUCAAAAUCUGAUUCUGAUAUGCAUGAUAGUUGUGAAUCUGAUUUUCUAAAAGAAAUGACAUAAUCCUGA